GAGGCAAGGGGUUGGGGGUGGGAAGGGAAACAGAGAAAAGGCAAGUGAAAGAGAAGGGGAGGUGCCGUUUCAGAACCCGGCCCGCCCUGCUCCUGCUGCCUAGCCUCCCACCGGUCUCAUCUUUGCCCAGCCGACCCCUCCUGGAGCCCUAUGGCCAACUGUGAGUUCAGGCCGGUGUCCGGGGACAAACCCUGCUGCCGGCUCUCUAGGAAAGGCCAGCUCUGUCUUGGCGUCGGCCUCCUGGUCCUGACCCUCGUCGUGGUGGUCGCGGUGGUGGUCCCGAGGUGGCACCAGCAGUCCCAGCGCUCGCAAUGGGGAGGGCGGGGCACCACCGACCGCUUUCCCGAGAUCGUCCAGGAGCGAUGCGUCAAUUACACUCAAACCCUCCAUCCUGAGAUGAGACAUAUAGACUGUCAAAACGUAUGGGAUGCAUUCAAGGGUGCAUUUAUUUCAAAACAUCCUUGCAACAUCACAGAAGAAGACUAUCAGCCACUACUGAAGUUGGGAAAUCAGGCAGUACCUUGCAACAAGACUCUCCUUUGGAGCAGAAUAAAAGAUCUGGCCCAUCAGUACACACAAGUCCACCGGGACAUGUUCACCCUGGAGGAUACGCUGCUAGGCUACCUUGCUGAUGACCUCACAUGGUGUGGAGAAUUCGGGACUUCUGAAUUAAACUAUCGAUCUUGCCCAGACUGGAGAAAAGACUGCAGCAGCAACCCUGUUUCAGUAUUCUGGAAAACAGUUUCUCACAGGUUUGCAGAAACUGCUUGUGGUGUGGUCCAUGUGAUGCUCAAUGGGUCCCGCAGUAAAAUCUUUGACAAAAACAGCACUUUUGGGAGUGUGGAAGUCCAUAAUUUGCAACCAGGGAAGGUUCACACACUACAGGCCUGGGUGAUGCAUGAUGGAAGAGGAGAUUCCAGAGACUUAUGCCAGGAUCCCUCUAUAAAAGAGCUUGAAUUGAUUAUAAGCAAAAGGAAUAUUACAUUUUCUUGCAAGAAUAUCUACAGACCUGCCAAGUUUCUUCAGUGUGUGAAAAAUCCUGAGGACUCAUCUUGCAUAUCUGAGAUCUGAGCCAGUCGCUGUGGUGUUUUACCUCCUUGACUCCUUGUGGUUUAUGUCAACAUACACGACUCAGCAGACUUGCUGGUGCAGAGCUGAAGAUUUUGGAGGGUCCUCCACAAUAAAGUCAACACCAGAGACAGAAGCCUUUUCCCCCAAAGUCUUAAAAUAACUUACAUCAUCAGCAUUGCUUUUAUUGUGAUCUAUCAAUAGUCAAGAAAAAUUAUUGUGUAAAAUUAAAAUGAAAGUUUUAUAUUAA